CGCUACUCACUAGUCACUACCAUUCAAGUGGCGCUUGUGGGCUCCUGGAUCUGGUUGGAAAUCUUCAAGAAAAGUUGCUAAGAAUACUUUCCAUUCAAUAUGAAAAAGACUCGGGAAAAAUCAGACUACGAUGGACGAAGCUGGCAAGAUCUUGCUGUAUUGGUUGAAUCCCAAUCUAACGAAUAUUAUAAAAGCUCCAAUGUCAACCACAAGAAUAAUCAUCCUAUCAUUUCUUCUGACAACUCGAGAAUUACUGGUUGAUUGCAAACUCAAUCGGGUAAGCUCUUGAAACCCAUAUUUCUCUAAUUUCAGUUACUUUCGGUUUUAUUACCAUGCACCUUGUCUUGCUUUUGUGCUAUCUCUCUGUAUACUAUGUGAAUGUUGCUGCUUUGAGUUCGGAUGGGUUGACUUUACUGUCUCUCAUGGGAGAUUGGGAAUCUGUGCCUCCUUCCAUAAACUCGACGUGGAAUGCUUCUGAUGCCAACCCAUGUUCAUGGGUAGGCGUACAAUGCGAUCGGGCUCUCAAUGUGGUUCAUCUGAAUCUCUCUGAGUAUAACAUUACUGGUCAAUUGGGUCCUCAAAUUGGACACGUGACCCAUUUGCAGAGUUUUGAUUUGAGCUUGAACUUUUUCAGUGGCAGAAUUCCACCACAGAUUGGCAAUUGUAGUCAACUUGAUCGGUUGGAUUUAUCCGUGAAUGGGUUCAGUGGAGAGAUACCUGAUACCUUGAAAAAUUUGCAAAAUUUACGGUUCUUGAAUUUGUAUUCUAAUCUCUUGACGGGUGAAAUAACAGAAUCGUUGUUUCAGAUUCCUUCCCUGACGUAUGUAUAUUUAAAUGAUAAUAGCCUUAGUGGUUCGAUUCCUAGGAAUAUCGGUAACUGGAGUGAAGUUUUGAAUCUGUACUUGUAUAAUAAUAAUCUAACCGGUACAAUCCCAGAUUCUAUUGGGAACUGUAGUAAAUUGGGGGGAGUUUUGCUAGGUCGAAACCAAUUGGUUGGAGAGUUGCCUAGUAGUCUAAACAAUCUGGGGAACCUAGAUACAUUGGAUCUCAGCUAUAACAAUUUUGAGGGCAGCAUUCAUUUGGGGUUGGGUGAUUGCAAGAAGUUAGAAUCUUUGCAGUUAUCAUUCAAUGCCUUUACAGGAGGUCUUCCCGCAGCUUUGGGCAAUUGUAGCAGCCUAACGACAUUUACUGCUGAGGGAACCAACUUGGUUGGCAGUAUCCCAUCUUCUUUUGGCCUACUAGGUAAUCUUUCAUUUCUUUACCUUUCUGAAAAUCAUUUGUCUGGGACAAUUCCACCAGAACUAGGAAAGUGCAAGUACUUGAGGGAGUUACUGUUGGCUCGAAACCAACUUGAGGGUGCAGUUCCGAGUGAAUUGGGAAUGCUGACUGAACUAGAGUGGCUUGAACUAUUUGAGAACCGCCUAACCGGUGAAUUUCCUGUUAGCAUUUGGAAGAUUCCAAGCCUUGAGAAUGUACUUUUGUACAAUAACAGUCUUUCUGGGGAACUUCCAGACCAUAUGGCUGAGCUAAAGCAGCUCAAAAAUAUUUCAUUGUUUGAUAAUAUGUUCUUUGGAGUCAUACCUCAGAGCUUGGGAAUAAACAGCAGCCUAGUGGCGUUAGAUUUCACCAAUAAUAAGUUCACUGGUCAAAUUCCAACAAAUAUUUGCUCUGGAAAGAAAUUGGAGGUUCUGAAUAUGGGUUUCAAUCAACUUCAAGGUAGCAUACCUUCUGACAUAGGAAGCUGUUCCACUAUACGGCGAAUGAUCCUGAAAAAGAAUAAAUUCACAGGGGUUCUCCCAGAAUUCGCAGAAAAUUCAAACCUGUUGCACAUGGAUAUCAGUGAAAAUCGUAUUGCAGGAGCAAUUCCGUCAAGUUUGGGAAACUGUACCAGUCUCACCUUUAUGGAUUUGUCCAUGAAUUUACUUAUGGGGGUCCUACCUGCAGAACUAGGUAAUCUCGUAAAGCUUGGGGAGCUGCGCUUGUCGCACAACCGCUUGGAAGAUUCUUUGCCAUCUCAGCUAUCACUUUGCAACCAGUUAGGAAUAUUUGAUGUGGGAUACAACUUGUUAAAUGGUUCAGUUCCUGAAAGUUUUGGAAAUUGGACAAGUCUAUCCACUUUAAUCUUAAAAGAAAAUUAUUUCACUGGCGGUAUUCCAUCAUUUUUGUCAAAGUUAAAAAGGCUUUCAGAGAUACAAAUUGGUGGAAAUUUUCUGGGAGGUGAGGUUCCCUCGUUCAUGGGAGAAUUACCUAACCUAAUCUAUGCAUUGAAUCUUAGCAGCAAUGGAUUGAGUGGAAAGAUACCGACAGAGCUUGGGAAUUUGAUGAAACUGGAACGUCUUGAAUUAUCUCACAAUAAUCUGACAGGAACUUUGGAAGUUCUUGGCAGGAUGGAGUCAUUAGUUGAGGUGAAUGUUUCGUACAAUCAUUUCACCGGUCCCAUACCAGAGAAACUUAUGGAAAUGCCUAAUGCAGUUCCAUCAUCAUUUGUGGGAAAUGCUGACCUGUGCAUCAAUUGUUCUCCAUCAGAAGGCUCGACUUGCGCUGGAUUCCGUAGUUUUAACACUUGUGAUCGUAAAUCAAGCGGGCGAAAUGCCCUCAGCAAACUAGAAAUUGCAAUGAUAGCUGUUGGUUCUUCAUUAGCUGUUGUUUUUAUACUUCUUGGUCUAGUAUGUACACUACUGCUCUGCAAAAGACGAAAGCAGGAAAAUGAUUUUUCUGCCCAAGGAGAAUCAUCGGCCCUACUUGAUCAAAUAAUGGUGGCAACGGAGAACUUACAUGACAAGUACAUAAUUGGAAGAGGAGCUCAUGGAGUUGUUUAUAAGGCCUCACUAGGUCCUGGCAGAGACUUUGCUGUAAAGAAGCUCGAGUUUUUGGGGCGUGAAGGUGGAAGUCAAACUAUGGUUAGAGAAAUUAAAACCAUGGAGAUGAUCAGGCAUCGAAAUCUUGUGAAGGUGGAAGACUUUUGGUUUAGAAAAGACUAUGGGUUAAUUUUGUACAAGUAUAUGCAAAAUGGGAGCCUUUUUGAUGUUUUACAUGGGACGAAUCCAUCACCAGCUCUAGAAUGGAAUGUUCGCUAUAACAUUGCAGUUGGAACAGCUCAUGCAUUGGCUUAUCUUCAUUAUGACUGUGAUCCUGCCGUCGUGCAUCGUGACAUCAAACCAUCGAAUAUUCUUCUGGAUUCUGAGAUGGAGCCUCAUAUAUCUGAUUUUAGCAUUGCCAAGCUUCUGGAUCAGUCUUCUGCUACAAAUCCAUCAAUUGCCCUUUCUGGCACAAUUGGAUACAUGGCACCAGAAAAUGCAUUCAUGUCUACAAGGAGCAAGGAGUCUGAUGUCUAUAGCUAUGGAGUUGUUUUGCUCGAAAUUAUUACAAGAAGGAAUGCAUUGGAUCCAUCAUUUACUGGGGGAAUGGAUAUUGUGGGUUGGGUUAGGUCUGUCUGGAAUGAGACUAAAGAUAUACAGAGCAUUAUUGACCCAAACCUUUCGAAUUAUUUAUUGGGUUCAAAGAUCAUGGGACAAGCUAUUAAUUUGCUAUUGAUUGCUUUGAGAUGUACCGAGAAGGAGUCGAGAAGGAGACCCACCAUGAGAGAUGUAGUGAAGCAAUUAUUAGAUGCAAACACCUCUUGGGUAAACAAUAGCAGGAGUCACUAAAUUUCCACAGUUACUGCUCUUGCUGUGAGAUACUGCAAGAGUACGGGAACUAGAUGAUGGACAAGGAAUUGUACAGAUUUGUAUUUUGAGAACAAAAUGUGGAUCUAGAUUGUGUGAAGAUAAUCAACUACUUGCCCCUGGAAAGUAUAAAGGAGCAAGAAGUUGAAGGGUUUGGUAGCUUCAAGUGAUUAAGGUGAUUCAUGAACCGUUUGAUCCGUCUUUCUUUUGUGUUCUGGUGUAAGAAGGUGUUGUCUUCCCAAAAUGAAGUGAUGGGAGAAGUUACAACCCAUUUGUUUGUACAGAUGAUUUGAAAACUGGAACUCGGACAAAACAGUGAGAAAGUGAAGUGUGACGAAGUUGGGUUUUAUCAUAAAAGCAUUUGAGAGAACUGGAAGCUUGAAGUUGUAAGAAUGUAUUGUAAUAGGAUUCUGUUGUUUUUUUUUUCCUUUUUAGUUCCCAGACUCUUGACCGACAUAGCUUUGGCAGUGAGAGUGUAAAGGUUUUUGCACCGUUCGGGUCCCUAGCGAUAGAAACGUACUUGGUUAUUUGGUGUUUUCUCAAUAACACUUUGGUAACGUCUGCAUUUGUUGGUGUA